AUGUCCUCGGAUGCAAGACACCCCCGCAAGAGCCUCGAAUUCCUUGAAGAUGGCAGGCCCCGGUUCCACGGCUGCUCAAGAAUCACGGAGUAUGAAUACAUGGGGAAACUGGGCGAGGGGACUUUUGGCGAAGUGUCCAAAGCGAAGUCCAAGAGGACGGGACAGAUUGUGGCACUGAAAAAGAUCUUGAUGCACAACGAGAAGGAUGGAUUCCCCAUAACCGCACUGCGGGAGAUUAAAUUGUUGAAGCAACUCGACCACAUCAACGUCUUGAAGCUGGCAGAGAUGGCCGUCGAGCGACCCAAGAAUGCGAGCAAGAAAACGAGCAUGUUCAUGGUGACACCGUACAUGGACCACGAUCUAUCAGGACUCCUGGAAAACCCCGAUGUCAAUUUCACCACGCCGCAGAUCAAGUGCUACAUGAAGCAACUCCUCGAAGGCUGCGCGUAUCUGCAUGAGAACAGAAUCCUCCAUCGAGACAUGAAGACCGCCAACCUGCUCAUCAAUAAUCGAGGCAUCCUCCAGAUUGCGGAUUUCGGUCUGGCGCGUCCCUAUGACGAUGAGCCCCCCAAGCCAGGUCAUGGAGGCGGAGAAGCCACCCGAGAAUACACUACUUUGGUUGUGACACGAUGGUAUCGGCCACCAGAACUGCUGCUCCAACUGCGCAAGUACACCACUGCAAUCGAUAUGUGGGGAGUGGGCUGUGUCUUUGGCGAAAUGUUCAAACACAAGCCCAUCUUGACUGGAGACAGCGAUCUGAAUCAGGCCAGGUUGAUCUUUGAGCUGCUGGGAUCCCCUACAGAGGAGAAUAUGCCCGGCUGGCGAGAACUUCCUGGCGCUGAUGCUAUCCUGGAAUUUGAACAAAUGCCUCCCACGCUCACCCGUCAAUUCCGCGACCUCGAGCCUCUAGCGCUCUCGCUGCUGAGCGAGCUUCUGAAGUUGGAUUGGCGAAAACGAAUAAACGCCAUCGACGCCCUCAAACACCCUUACUUUCACUCUGCACCCUACCCAGCUAGACCCGAAGAAUUACCCUCCUUUGAAGAGUCACAUGAGUUGGAUCGAAAGAAGUUCAGAGAUCAAAGAACGAAACGACCGCCUGCACCAGCUGGUGGCUCUGUAGGUAUCGGCCCGCAGGGAGAAUGGGGUAUCAGCGGGAGGCCGCUCCCACCAUAUGAAGGAAUGCGUGGUGGCGGCCCACCUCCUGGUGCUCGUGCGCCUGGUGGCAGACCACCAUACGCUAACGGCCACAACAACCAACCCUACAACAGACGACCACCGGGUCCACCUCCUCAGAAUGGUGCUUACGGCGGCGGCGGCGGUGACUAUCGAGGUGCGAAUCCUUAUCCUCCCCACCGUGACAUGCCACCAUACGACCAAGGUCAUCGUCCGCCUUAUGAUGACUCGUACCCGCGACGACCCCCUGGCGACCAUACAAUGCCACCACGAUUACCACCUACAGAAGUCGACUCGUAUCGCCAUGGACCUCCAGAAGUUCCCCCUUAUCGUGAUGACGGGCGCGGUCCGCCUCUACCAAGAUCUCGAGCCCCUCCUGCCACCGGUGGAGGUGCCGGCGGUCCUGCAGGUGGUGGUAAUCGUGACACAUAUAUUCCUCCAUACUCGAGUGCCGACCCUCAUGCCGCUCCGCCGAAGCACCGACGUAGGGACGAUCGGCCUGGGUACCGUGAUGGACCCCCUGAUUAUGAGAUCGUGACCGGGAGCGAAGGCCAAGAAGUCGAAGUCCAGGGCGGGACUGGGAACGCGAGAGGGAUGGGCAUCGGGAUAGGAGAGACAGAGACCGAGACAUGGGAAGAGACUACAGGGAGCGAGAUAGGGACAGAGGUGGAUACGGUGGACAAGACCCUUAUCGUCGAUAGGAACGACGAAGCUUGGGAUCUGGUGGUGCUGGCAUAA